GUGGGACUCUGGGAUGUGCUGGGACGGGGAGGGAACAGAGAGGGACCCUGGGAUAUGCUGGGAUGUGCUGGGACAGGGAGGGGGCACAGAGGGGACACAGAGGGACCCUGGGAUAUGCUGGGACAGGGAGGGGACAGGGAGGGGACACAGAGGGACCCUGGGAUGUGCUGGGAUGUGCUGGGACAGGGAGGGGACCGGCAGCCGUGCCGCUGUCCGGGCUCAUUCCAGCCGCGAGAGGAGCGCGGGUCACGCGGAUCCUCGGGAAUCCAGCGCCGCCGCCGCCAGCGGCACCGGGCACUUUGCCUUCACCUUCCCCACAUCCAGCUCCGGUUGAAUUCUCCCUUUUCCGGGACAGUCCCAUCCCGGAGGUUCUCCUGCCCGAGCAGGGAUGAGCCUCGCUCCCCUGAGCCGGGAAUCCGCAACCCUCUCUCUGCCUUUGAGCCGCUCCCGUAGGGUUUGGACCGAAAUCCCGGACCCUGGCGGCGAGCUGCCUCCUCUUGGAGCACGGGGGCGGAACGGCCCGGCGCUGCGGGGAGAAACUGGGAAAGACAGGAACAAAAGGGAAGGGAAGGGAAGAGGCUCACGUGGCUUCCCCAGCUGCCGCCGGCUCCUCGGGUGCCGGGAAUGCAGCGAUCCCUUGGCCGGUGCCGGGCCGGAGCUGAGCCCCUUCCCGUGGUUUCUGACGGGCUCGAGGUUCUCAGGGAGGAGCCUUCCAGAGAGGAUUCCCGCUGCCGCUUCCUCAUCCCGACUUUUCCCGUGCCGAGGAUGCUCUUCCCACUGCUCAUCCUGGCGCUCGGCCGGGCAGGUGCCAUGGAGAUCCAGGUGCCGGAGGAGCCCGUGGUGGCCCUGUUUGGCCACGACGCCACCCUGCGCUGCUCCUUCUCUCCCGACGCCAACUUCAGCGUGGCCGAGCUGAGCCUCAUCUGGCAGCUGACGGACACCAAGAGCCUGGUGCACGGCUUCUCGGGGGGCCGGGACCGGCUGCCGGACCAGGGCCGCGGCUACGCCAACCGCACCUCGCUCUUCUACGACCAGCUGGCGCUGGGCAACGUGUCCCUGCUGCUGCGGCGCGUGGAGAUCGCCGACGAGGGCAGCUUCACCUGCUUCGUGCGCGUGCGCGACUACAACAGCGCCGCCGUCACGCUGCAGGUGGCAGCUCCCUACUCCAAGCCCAGCGUUCACCUGGAGCCCAGCAAGGACCUGAAGCCGGGUGACAUGGCAGUGGUGACAUGCCACGCCUCCCGUGGCUACCCCCAGGCCAGCGUGCUGUGGCAGGACAGCCGGGGUGCCAACCUGACCUCCAACGUCAGCACGUCCCAGGUGGCCAACGAGGAGGGGCUGUUCGAGGUGCGCAGCGUGCUGCGCGUGCUGGUGGAGCCCAGCGUCACCUACUCGUGCCUGGUGCUCAACGGCGUGCUGCAGCAGCAGGGCCACGCCUCCGUCACCAUCACGGGCCAGCCCCUGGCAUUCCCGGCGGUGGCCCUGUGGGUGACAGUGGCCCUGGCCGUGUGCGUGGUGCUGCUGCUCGGCGUCCUGGCCUUCGUGUGCCACCAGAAAAUCCGGGAGAGCUGCCGGGAGGAUGAGGAGCGCACGGGGCCAGAGGAGCGGGAUGAGGAGGGGGAGGAGCCCAAGACAGCUCUGCAGCUGCUGGAAAACGUGGAGAGCAGAGAGGGUCGGGAGCAGGAGAUUGAUUGACGGCAGCGGGGCCCCCCCGGAGCCCCAGACAACCCCGGGGCGCCCCGGCAGGCAGGACCCGGAGCUGCUGCCCCCCCUCAUCCCGUUCCCAUUCCCUGCCUCCCUUCCAGGCCUGGCCCAUCCUUCCCAGGGAAACGUGGGGUGAGGAUGUGUCCCCGUGUCUCCAUGUCCCUCUCCGCGUCCCCGUGUCCGUCCUGGGGUGACAUUCUCCCAUUUCCCUGCCUUCCCAAGCCCAGAGCCUUGGGAAUGCUGGCUGUGAGCAGGGCUGGGAUUUCCCACUGGAUGGCUGGGCCACGUGGGGACGCUCCUUGUCCCAUGUGCCACACUGUGUGUCCCUUCACACUCCUUCUGGCCUUAAACGCUGGGUCCUGGUGGGGUCUGUCCCACUGGGAACGAUCCCGGGGCAUUUUUGGGAAGGGCAGGGCAAGGGGGCACCUGCUGGCCGGGUGUAGUCCUGCUCUGGGGGCAUUCCCAGCUCGUUAUUCCCGUGGGGUUGGGGGCUCUGUCCUCCCAGUGCUGUUGGGGACACAGGUACACCCCAAGUGCUGCUGGAACGUCCCUGUCCCAGUGCUGCUCCCGCUCCGGAGUGGGGGAAGUCCCCAAGGGCUCCUUGGGUUGAGUCCUUUAAAAUCCGGGAUCUGGAGGGUUUCUUGUGCCUUGACAAAUAAAUUUGGGACUGUGACGGU